AAACGCAAGAUGAUCCCCACAAACUGCGCCGCCUGCGCCGCCCCACUGGCCCACGACGCGCCGAAGUGUGCGCGGUGCAAGGUCAGAUACUGCAAUCGGACUUGCCAGAUGGACCACUGGCGCCGCGGCCAUAAGCAGAUUUGUAAGGAAAUACACCGCGGCGGCAACGCGGAAAAAUACCACGCCGACAAAAAAUACAAGGAGGCCGUCGCGGUCGCGGUCGAGGCGUGCGCCGAGGACACGAAGGGCCAGACGUGCUACAUCUGCACGGAAGACGUCCAUUUUCGCACGGGAGAGGGUCUCGUGCGCGGAUGCGCGUGCCGCGGGACGGCGGGUUUCGCGCACGUAUCUUGCUUGGUGGAGCAGGCGAAGGUUUCUGUCGAGCAGGCGGAAAGAAGCAAUAGAGGUACGAAUGCGGUAGGUAUGUGCGCUUUGCAAUAUGAUCAUUGUCGGCUGUGCAAGCAGAUGUACCACGGCGUCGUGAAGUGCGCGCUCGGGUGGGGGGCCUGGAAAUCGAACAUUCACAGGCCAGAGAAGGAUAGGCUUCGGAUCUACUCGAUGGGCAAUGUCGCGGCGGGGCUACAUGGCGUGGGCAAGAUAACAGACUCCCUCGCAAUCUACAAGUCGGUCUUAUCCGCACAGCAGCGCUGUGGGGAUGACGCACGCUGCUGUGCCAACACGAUGAACUCUAUUGCUGUGUGUUAUGCGGAUCUAGGCCGUCCUGAGCUGGGGCUAGCCAUGCAACAUGACGCCUAUAACAAACAGUUGGUUUACGUCCGGGCCGGCCAUUGCCAUCCCGAUGACCCAAUGGCGGUGAUAUACGGUGGUAAUGUUGCAGAGUCGCUCAACGACCUCGGUCGUUUCGCCGAGGCAAAAGCAUUUCUACCCGACGUGAUUGCGUUUUCCGUGUCCCACCACGGCGCCAACCACGUAGAGACGCUCAAACUUCGGUGGAGGCUUGCGAAAUCGCUCUAUAGUGGUGAAGGAGCCUCAAUCAGCGAUUGCGAGGAGGCUGUGGCGACGCUCGAGGACGUGAUUCGGAUCUCGCGUCGGGUGUUCGGGACCAAUCACCCGGGCUUUGCGAAUGCGCCGAUUGCGCUGGAGAAGGCACGCGAGGCGCUCGCACGCGCCCGCCGCGCCGCGUCCUAG